AUGUCGUUGUUGAAGAAUAUUCAUAAGCUUACAGUUUAUCUGCUCUACGGUCUAAUCCUGCUUCAAGCGUACUCCAUGAAACUACACUACACGAGCGGGCUGCGCUUGCUCACCUGGGUCCUGAAGUACCCUCACUGGCAUCGCACGUCUACCGUCAGUCGCCUUUGGAUGGUCAGCGGUGCUCUCAUCGCCAUUAACGGUGUUCUCGUUUAUGCGGCGUGCAGGAGCACGCUAAAAGCACUUUUAAAAGAGCUGUCGUCUUCGCUAAGGAUAGGAAUCACUCAAUAUCUCACAGAGCCCUCAUGGAAAACUUUAUUGGAUACCAUGCAGGUCGAGUUGAAUUGUUGUGGCGCGGAGCAGCCGAGCGAUUGGUACGACAUACCAUGGAUCAAUGUCGACUUUCUCAACGAGGAUUCGGAUCUAGUUAUGAAGCUAUCAAGAACUGAUGGCAAGGUCCUUCCACCUGUAACUCCUUAUUCCUGCUGCACUCCGAGAGUAUUAGCUGCCUGCUACCACGAUCCGCUACAGCAGUGGGAGUGGCGCGGCGCGUGGUCUUCUCAAUCCCCAUUGGUUGGCGCAUCAUUACACGCUCGCGGAUGUGUUGAAGCCGUCAGAGCUCCGUUGACUAGAGCCACGCUGGCGUUGCAGCUGUUUAAUCUACUCUCUAUACUGAUACAGGUUGUGAUAGCGUGCAUCAAUCAGCUGAUAUUGUGCAGCGCAAGAGACGCGGUUCUACGAGGCGAUGUCUCGGGGGGAGGGAAGGGCUGCUUUCUUCUCGGCUACUCUGCAUUCGGACGAUACGGUGGUAGAGUCGGAGGUGUACGUCGCUCGCAGCUCAGUCCAACGACGCCGGCGCGUGCGCAGACUUCGAAGUAG